CGGGGAAAGGAGAUUAGUUUCAGCUUUUACGGACAUUCAUACACUGUAAAUUUCUCCUAAAACAUGAGGCGAAGAAUAUUUACAGCGAUACUCAUCGUCGACGCAACGCCCGGCUUCCCUGGUGACUUCUAAGGGCUGUUUUAGCGCAGUUUCUGGAGCCACGGGAAAUCGUAGAUACCUUUGGAAAACAUGGACAAAAAGGAGGUGUUUGAGGAUGAGAACGUGACUGAAGAAUUGGACAGCGAGUGCACAGAAAUGGACGUGGCCACCCUGAAAAGGAUAAGAAACAAAGCUCAAGAGGACAAUGUUGAGAGGCCCAAGAAGCCAAGGUCUGCCUACAUGCUGUACUACUUUGAUGUCCAUCAGGUCAUGCAGCUUGGAUCCCAAAAUAUACCACAAUCAGAGGUCAACAAAAAAAUCAGUGAGAGCUGGAAAAGGCUCAGUGUAGCCGAGAAAAACUUCUAUUUUGAGAGAGCCAAGCUGGAGAAGGAGGGUGUAGACACAUCUUCUCUCAGCACCUCCAAACAGCUGCCAGGCUUCCGUAAAAUCCUACCCAGAGCCAACUGGUUUCUCCUGCCUAAAAGCAUCGUCUCAGGUCAACAGCCCGAGGUGAGCCAAGGACCACUGGCCUUUUCAUUUGAAGGAGGCCUGCGCUCAGUUUCUCAGCUCACACCGGCUGGUUCGGCUUCUCGGGUGGACUUUUCAGAGCGCCACACUGAUGCCGGUGACACGGGGAAGAAAACGGUGGCUUCAGCCUCUUCUUCAUCCUAAAGCAUAAUCUCUCCUAAUCUCUCACAGGGCUUGGUGGACUUCACUGUGAACGGUGCAACACUAAAACGAAACGAGGCAAAACCUCCCAAGAGUUGUUCCAACGGGACUGUGGUGCAGCAGAGGCAAGGGGAAGCUGCACAGGUGGUAACCAUCUUACCCACACAGAACUUCCUGGAGCCCCAGUCUGUAGCUGGAGAUGGAUCUUUGCGUCCAAUGAUGAUGAUCUCUUUAGGAGUGAAAUCGGAAACUGCCAAACCUGCAUAUAAAAUGUCUUUGAAGACGUAUACAAGGAGAGGUCGUGGGAGGUGUCUCAGUCCUGGCUGUUCAUAUGUGUAUGUCACCCGUCACAAACCAGCUACAUGUCCUGAAUGCGGGAGCCACUUGGGUGGAAAAUGGAGCCCAUCUGCGCAAAGGAGUCAAGGGAAAGAGGCUGUUUCCAAGCAGUUGUCACAGGAAGCUCACGUGGAGCAGACAGAAAGCCUUCAAAUCACCUCGCCUGCUCAAGAGGCGGAUGCUGAUGUCAGUGAAGCAAACACUAGAUGGAGCAAACAGGAAGGGAGAGCGCAGCGUUGUGUGAAAAAGAAACAUGCAGUUGGAACGCCACCAGAGUGCAGCAGCAGGACACAACAUCAAGCAAAGUACCGUCAGAGCAGGAGCUCUGCCGUUGUGCAGAAGAGGCCUGUCAGACCCAUUCUUCCUGCCCUCAAUAAUACAGGUGGUGCUAUUUUUCAGAUCAUAACUGUUCCACCGGACAAAGACAAACUUCAGGGUGUCAGCAACGUCGAGUCCUCCACAGUGACUCAAGAAAGUUUCUCAGGUCUCAAGCCCAGCACUUUAAAGCAGCUUGGUCAAAAGGUCCCCACAGCCACAGACAGCCAGGACUCUUCAGGCCGGCGUGUGUCGUCAGUGACUGAUGGAGGAGUGAAUCUUGUGUCAGUCGUGCCUUUCAAACAACAAACAGCUUCCAGCUUUGACUUGGGACUGUCCACGGGACGAGGCAGAGGUCGCUGCAAGAACCCGUCCUGCGACUAUGUUUAUAAGAACAGACACAAACCAGCUGUUUGCCCAAAAUGUGGCAACGAGCUGACCCAAAAGAAUAAAGCUGCAAAAUCUGAGACUCUGCUGGAUCCACAUCAAGACCUGAGUCCUGCUCAGAGGGACAUCCAGCGCCAAAGUACGGUGCAGCUGCUUCGCAGCUCCGUGCAGAUCCCUGAGAGUGAGGCUGAGCUGCAGGAAACACUGACUCUCAUCCAGGAGCUCAACAGUCUGCAAAUUAUCUUUGUUCAAACGAGCGAGCAGGAGCAGGAAAACUGCGCCGAAAUGGAGACGGUGGUUGAGUCGGGGUGGCCUCGGUGCUACGAAUCAGAAGCGACUCACUGCAGUCUGUGUUGCUACCCUCUGUUCAAAGGGGAGCAGAGUUCUGUUGCAGGACAGGAGGACUGCUGGCUGCUCACUGAGACGCUGAUGCAGACUGCCACGCUUCAGCUCAAAGUGUGUCUCAAUGUUCAGUGUUUGGCCCUGCACAGCUUCACCAACCUGCAUCCAGGUUUAUUCAACAUCGGGAACAGACUGUUGGUAAGCAUCGACUUGUUCUUCAAGAUCCGGGCCAACAUCAAAAUGGGUCAGUCCCCCUCCCAAGCUGCCAGGUCUGUUUUCGAUCAGAUUCCGAGUCAUCCAAUCCAUACUCUCAGUCCUGAAGAAUCCUGUCAGAUUCAGGAGCUUCUCCUGAGUGGCUACUGGGCCUUUGAGUGUCUGACAGUUCGGGAUUACAACGAUAUGAUCUGCGGCAUUUGUGGAAUUGCUCCAAAACUUGAGAUUGCCCAGAGGUACACAAACAACGUCCUGGAGCUCAAGAAUGUGGAGUUUACAUGGCCCGAGUGCUCAGUGCCAGAUGAGGUCCACGUGGAUGACUUCUGGCUGACCAUGGAGAGUGAAGCCAUUGAGCAAGCGGUUUUCCCUGCUGACAUCCCCAUAACGCGAGUCGACGCUUCGAUCAUUGCUCCUUUUACUCCACCUUUGAUGAGGAGCUCCACUGUUAUCAACACAGAGAAGGACAAGGUUCUGCCACACAUACAGCAACCCUCAGGAGAUCCGUCAGUUUUGGUCCGUCUAAUUCACAGCAGUCAGCUGAGAAUAGACGAGCUUGAAGAGCUGACUGAGGAUGAUCUGAAAAUGAUGCUCGACCACUGUGGGGCAAACGUCACUCAAGGCUCCACCAAGAACGAGCUGCUGUCCUCUCUGGUCAACCUGUACACACAUGUUCGUAGUGGUCUAUCGACAGCCCCUCAACCCCCAACAAACCUCACUGCUGGCAAGCUGUCCAAAGUCUGCCCCCACCAGGUGGUGUGUUCCUCUAAGUGUUUAGUAAGAGGAGAGACUGCUCGGGACCACGUUGAUCUGCUACUAUCUUCUCAUUACUGGCCUCCAGUCUACAUCUGUGACUGCCCCCGUCAGGUGGCUCUUUGCACUGACCUGCAGUAUCCAGAACUGGCAACCCAGAUGUGGGGCAGGAACCAAGGCUGCUUCUCUGACCCCUUCGAAAAUCCGGAGGUGGUAUCCUGUCCUGAACUACAAGACGUGUACAACGCUGACCUGUCUUCUGUGGCAGACAACCUGCAGACUCACCCCAUCACCAGAUCUUGUUCUCGGUGGCUGCUUCAUCCACCAGGAGCUUCCUCGGCGUCUCCUCCUUCAGAGCAUCACUCCAUGAACCUCUGCAGAGACCUGGAGCCGUACGUCAGUCUGGUAGCAGAGCUGAUCUCGGAGAAAGAAGAGGAGGAUCAGACACACGGACAACUGACGGAACAGACGGAAACGCCAGAGAACGACGCCGGGGAAAAAUCCGAGCACUGUUUAUCAGUGCGCCACAUAAGAGAACAACCCGUGACUUUCAGCAACGCAGCUUAUUACUACCUGUACAAUCGACUGGUCGAUUUCCUCACUAGCAGAGACAUUGUAAACCAGCAGAUCAGCUAUGUUGUAAAGGCCUGCCAACCUGGGGAGGUGGCCAUCAGGGAUGCUUUGUACAGACUCGGAGUGGCACACAUCAACGCUGAGUAAGAGGACAGUGAAGGACAAACAGAGGAGUUCUACACAGACAUGGCUGUGGUUAAAUAAAGAACAAAGUCCGAUGCAUCAGCUGGUAAGCCGUGAAGAUGACGGCGUAAACAAAGACGUACGUGCUAGCAGAAGGAAUUCUGAACAUUUAAAUGGUGCUCAUUAACCUCCACAUCAAUGAAGAAGAAGAAUACAGAACUUUAAUAU